UGUGCAUCUUGCUUUGGGCUUCUGCUUGCAUUUCCAGCUGCUGUCGCCAUGAGUUGCAACAUUAAGGAGACUAUUACGGUGUCUAGCAAAGGCAGGAGCAGUGGUGGCAGCUGUAUCAUUGGUGGUGGUGGUGGAGCACGGAUUUCUUCCUAUGGGAUAGGCAGUGGCAGAGGUUUUUCUGGAAGGAGCUACUGCGGUGGAGUGAACUAUGGCGGGGGACUGAGUGUUGGUAGCUUGGCUGGUGGGAGCUAUGGAGGUGGCAACUGCUACGGCAAUGGCCUGGGCUUCGGCCUCGGCGGCGGUGUGGUGGUUGGUGGUCUCGGUGGCGACUGUUUGCUUUCGUCCUGCGAUGAGAAGGUCACCAUGCAAAAUCUCAAUGACCGGCUGGCCUCCUAUCUGGACAAGGUGAAGUGCCUGGAGAAGGAGAAUGCUGAACUGGAGUGCAGGAUCAGGGAGUGGUACGCGACACAGGGCCUCUCCUGUGAGCCCCGCGACUACAGCUGCUAUUACAAAGAAAUCGAAGAUCUUCAAAAUCAGAUUGUCUGUGCCACCAUUGACAACAACAAGAUCAUCCUGGACAUUGAUAACAGCAGGAUGGCUGCUGACGACUUUCGUGUGAAGUACGAGACGGAGCUGGCUCUGCGCCAGAGCGUGGAGGCUGACAUCAACGGCUUACGCCAGGUCCUGGACCAGCUGACUCUCUGCAGGUCUGACCUGGAGGCACAGCUGGAGUCGCUGCGGGAGGAGCUCUGCUGCCUGAAGAAGAACCACGAGGAGGUAGGG